CUGCAGGGAACUUCGAGAGGCUGCUAGUCUUGAAGGGAAAGAGCUUCCUGGGCUCAUUCACGUGAUAUAUCCCAAUGAGAAAUGUGCAAAUAUUACAAAGAACGAAUUUACACCGAAUUACUCCUACAAAGAAAAUAGUUUUAAGUUGCGCAACCUAAGAGACUAUUGGGGUCUGGCCGACUUAUGCUGCAAGGAGGAAUGCUAUGACUUAUACAACAUGUGGGGCUGUCUAGUAUUUCAUAGGGACAUGUAUUGUGCUGGAAGUAACCAUGAACAGAUUUCCUUUACUACAAAGAAAGCGUACGGUGGAUUUCGGAAUCCAGAUGAGAUUGUGAAUCCGGAUAAGACAACUGCUACACCGACUACUAGGACACCUGGCACUCGUCCUACUACAACGAAACGCUUUAAGUCAUUAUUUGAAUCAAAUGAGUUUUUCAAUCCAGAUCUGAAGAAGAAAACUACUGGUACUACUACCAGGACUUCAACAAAGACUUGGUACAAGCCAUUACUGAAUUCAGAUGAGUUUAUGAGUAAGGAUCCGAAGAAGAUUUCUGAAAAGGAAAAGGACGAAGCUUUAAAGCUGGCUUAUUUAGCGUCCAAGGAAGCUGCCAAAGAAGGCAAAUUCAAAGAAUCUUCGAAUAAUCCGUCACAUGGUGGACACAAACGGUCCAAGAAGCUGUGCGUCUUCACUCCCGACAGAGAAUACUGUGUCGCGCAGAUGAAGGGACUCUGAACAUUCCAAUUGUUUAUAAUCUCGGCUAUAUUUCGGCGAUAUUAAUAAAUAUUUGUUGGCAAUACAA